AUGCGCGGUUUUAUCUAGCGACAAGUGAUGUUGCUUAGAGUGUGCAGUUAAGACUAAUAGAUUCGUGCAGUGGAUUUAUUUGUUCUACUUAUUUACUUAGGAAAUGAUGCUGUGACAACGACUAAGGUGCUAAGUGGUAUCUCACCUAUUACAAAGCAAGAUAUAACGACGUAGGGAAAACAGAACUUUUGUGAGCCCUACCACUAUGGUCCAUGGUGAAGUGAUUACAUUGCAGUUGGGGACAUUCUCGAAUUUUACCUGUUCUCAUCUGUGGAAUCUUCAAGCAAAUUGCUUUUAUUAUACGAAGCAGGCACCUUUUGGCCAUGAGUUUAACCAUGACGUUUUUUAUAGAGAGGGACAAAACCUUCAAAACAAAGUAACGUUUAAUCCGCGUGCAGUGCUUAUUGAUCUCAAAGGCAGUACUCACAAGGCGGCUUGGCCAGUUGACCGUGCGUACGAUGGACCCGCAGAUGAAGAAAACAAAUUCUGGGACGGAACGAUGCAAAUCCACAAAGCCGAACCUCUAGCUCGUUCAUCAAAAAGUGAGGAGUUAGGUGAGGGCGGCGGGAAGUCGGCUACCAGUGACUUCAUAAUUAAGGAUACCUGGGCUGGCUACCUUCAGAACAAGUUUCAUCCUAAAACCGUGUUGGUGAGCAAUCGGUUUGAUGUCGACAACCCCCAACAGCCAUUCGAUAUAUAUAGUCAGGGCGAUGAACUUUGGUCGUUCGAAGGUGAAGAGUUUGAGGAUCGAAUAAGAUGGUUUGCUGAGAAUUGUGAUCGCUUAUUAGGAUUCAACAUAAUUGCUGAUGCAGCUAACGGCUUUUCAGGAUUUACGAGCAAGUGCCUAGACCACCUUGCAGACGCUUAUCGUGGCAAGACUUCUGUGAUCUGGGGCCUCUUUGAUGUUCCUGGCGAUGAGAAGUCGGCGGCCUAUCGGUCUAUGAAUGCAGUUUUGGGCUAUCAUAAAAUGCACGAAAUGGCCGAUUUGAUCCUUCCGUUGGCUGUUACGACGGACGGAAUUGGAAGAAACCUUCGGCGAAGUACGAUUCCACUAGACCUAAGUGCGUUCACGGGCGGAGCUGUCCUGUCUCUACACAUAGACUCGAUUCUCUCAUCGCUGAAGCUCAAAUCUGACAGCGGUUGUGACCUAGCAACUUUCUCCAAGACGAUGGCCGAGGGUCAACGAAAGUUCGUAGUGAGCUCGAUGAUAACUCAACCCACGAAAGAUUCGCAGGUGGAGUGUUUUACGCCGAAAUGUCCUACGCCGAGACAUAGUCGCAGCACCUUCGUUGCGAUUCGAGCGUCUGACGAAUUGCAAAAGAACGUGGCCAAGAUUUGCGGAUCAAACCCUGCUUCUACGUUAUGUACGUCCAUAAAACAUCCAACAAAAUUUCUAGAGGACCGCUUUUUUCCUGCAGCAUCAGAAAUCGCGAUGAGGGGUUCAGGACAGUUAAGUGGCGUCUAUGCCUUGUAUAACUCAGACGCAAUAUUGACCCAUUUCGACGACCUGUUGAGGAGACGGUUCCAUUUGAAUAAAAUGCAUCGCUUAGCUGUCGCGAAGGGAGAUCUAGAUGAAGCUGUUUACGGGUUGGCCGGAAUUAGAGAACACUAUAUUUCGUAGGAGUUCUCUGAAAUCAGUCUUCGAUGAUUAGGUUGUAAGUUGCGUCAAUAAAUUUAUCGUCACCCCAAUAUGUAUUUUGUGUGUGUGUGUGCUUUUUGACUUAGAUAGAACUAUUUCUUCAAGUCAAAACUAAGAUUUAUCGUAGGCCGUUAUGGGGGAUUUUCGUUCAGUUAGUCCUUGGGUGGUUGAAGUUCAUUAAUAGCUAU